AUGUCCACUCGACGUUCAUCGUCUUACAACUAUCAGCAAACAGAAGGCCUGUCAGGAGCUGAAUAUUUAGCUUCAAUUUAUGGUACAGAGAAAGAUAAAGUUAAUUGCUCAUUUUACUUCAAGAUAGGUGCUUGUCGACAUGGUGACAAAUGUUCACGAACUCAUCAUCGACCAUCAUUCUCGCCUACUAUUUUACUUCAAAAUUUUUACCACAAUCCUAUCGUAGAUGUGCGCCAAGCUGAUGCUUUUGACAAAGUUGGAAAGAAAAAUGAUCAGGAGCAGGCUUAUUUUGAUGCUUUUUAUGAAGAAGUAAACAGUUGUUUGUUAUUUGCAAUUUUGUACAAUGUAUUUACGGAAUUAGAAAGAAAAUAUGGUGAAAUAGAUGAAAUGAAUGUUUGCGAAAAUAUCGGUGAACAUAUGAUUGGAAAUGUAUAUGUGAAAUUUGUACGUGAAGAAGAUGCUGAAAAAGCAGUUAAGGAUCUCGAAAAUCGUUGGUUUAAUGGUCAGCCUAUAUAUGUUGAGCUGUCACCGGUCACAGAUUUUCGAGAGUCACGGUGUCGUCAGCAUGAAGUAACUACAUGUUUCAAAGGUGGAUUUUGCAACUUCAUGCAUCUUAAAGCUAUCAGUCCCCAAUUAGGAGAGAAACUGUUUGGUCACAGAGGCCGAUAUGCUGAUGAGGCAGGUCAUUACCCAGGUGUAAAACGUGAGCGACGUCGUGAAAGGUCACCUCGAGACCGGCAUCGUGAUGAUUGGAAAGAAAGAGAAUACAACAAACGGCACUAG